AUGUCGACUACCACCAGUGUAACUGAGGCCAUCACGGCAGGCAACGUUGCGAGGUUAUUCCCGGACGUUGACACACAGUUUGGCGGCGUGAGCUCUGCCCAGCUGGGAGGAGAGCUCGACGGCUACACGAGGACCAGCCCAUUGCAUCUGGAAGCAAGAAGACUUGUACAAGUUUGCCACCUAAUGACCAACAUCAGCCGUGGACUGCUUCACCGCGCAUUCUCCGUUUUCCUGUUUGACUCUCAGAACCGUCUUUUACUCCAGCAACGCGCCACAGAGAAAAUCACCUUCCCGGAUCUAUGGACCAACACCUGCUGCUCCCAUCCUCUUGCUAUCCCCAGCGAGAUGGAGGCGAGCGGAUCGCCCCUUGCUGAGGCCGUAAAGGGUGCCCGCUCUGCAGCAAGGAGGAAACUGGACCAGGAGCUGGGAAUCAAGGAAGCCCAGGUUCCUGCGGACAAGUUCGACUUUCUCACCAGAAUUCACUAUCUCGCCCCCAGUGGUGAUGAUGGAAAAUGGGGUGAACAUGAGGUCGACUACAUCCUCUUUAUCAAGGCAGACGUCGACCUUAGCCCCAACCCCAAUGAAGUUCGUGAUGUUAAAUAUGUCACCCCCGAUGAGCUGAAGGCGAUGUUCAAGGACCCAAGCAAUAAGUUCACCCCGUGGUUCAAGCUUAUCUGUGAAGACAAGCUGUUCGAGUGGUGGGAGAACUUUGGCACCGACUCUUUCAAGAAAUACGUCAACGACGAGAAGAUAUGUAGAAUGUAG